GAGUAAGGUCGCAUUGCAUUCAAGCCAAGCUGUCGGUGGCCUCCAGCUAUUUAUCACCAGUAUUUUGUGUCCCUUCCCAUCUUUUGUGAUCUGCUCACACAGCUGAGAUAUCCGCAAGUCAUGAAGGUCCAGUUUACAAAAGAACCCCUGCAGCCUUAUCUGUGUGCCACCAAAAAGUGGAAGAGGCUCUUUGUGUGGCUUUUGUCAGUAGUUAUAUCAUCAUCAAUGGUAGGAGUGCUGUUGAGUUGUAGUUUAUUCUUGCAUGCUAUGGUAUCAAGCCAAAGUGAGCACUAUGCAUCAAACUCUCAACAUGCUGGACUACCAUCAAGUCCGGUCGAGCUGUCUCGGCCGCCGCCGCCGACGGCCCUCACCAUGACGGGCCACUGUCAGCUGGAGCGGCCGGCGGCCGCCUGGCCGGCCGGCGCGCUCGGCGACUUCCCUCACAACGCCUCGGCGCCGGAGACGGCCGCCUGCCUGGCGCGGCUGGGGCGCGCGCUCGGGCGCCGGCUGCACCUGGCGCUGGUGGGCGACUCGCGCAGCCGCGGCCUCUACAGCCACCUGCGCCGGCGCUGGCGGCUGCCCGCCCACACACGCAACGGCACCGACUGCCUCACACACUUCGUGUACAAGAACCGCACCGACUGGUGCCACUACCGCGCCAGCUCGCCUCUCGUUGACCUGGUGCGUGCUGGUGGGAGACGUGGACUGGCCGCGCGUGCCGGAUGGCUCGGCCGAGACUAAGGACUCCCGGGCGUCUCCGUGUGUCACGUGCCAUCGAGGGCAACGUUUACCAGCUCUGGUCCCGUCGACGUCACCCCUGGUGUUCAGUGUGGUCGUUUGUGCCCACACGAUAGUCUAAAGUACUCUUGCAGGGCUCCAGAGCUCUUCAUUCUAGUGAUGCCGUUACCGUACUUUCGAUCGGAAAUCUGGUGCAAAUGCCAGUGCAUUUCAACAGUAAGUUCCGCUAGCGACUGACUGGCCAUUGGUUGGCAUAUACUCGUCAUCCAUAGGA